CUGUGUUCUCUCUCUCUCUUACUCUUUUUAUCCCCACAUGCCCAAAUCCCAAAUCACAAAUCUCUGUCUCUUCUUUCUCUCUCUCAAAAAAAAAAAGACGGAACAAGUUAUGGACAGUCUCCAAAAACUCAACCUUCUUUUCAUCUCUCUAGCCAUAACAAUCGUCUCUCUCAACAUCGCCACCGAUUUACCUUUCAUCGAAGUCAAAUUUCCAAACAACAAUAUAUUACUACGGACAACGCCGGUUAAAAACCAGUCGUCCAGUAUACCAAGUCGGGUCGGAUCAGAUGAGUGUCGGCUAUGGACCCAAGUCUGUUCCGAUGAAAUUCUCCGGCUAGCUCACGAACCGGAGAACGUGGCGUGGCUCAAACGCGUGAGGAGAACAAUUCAUGAAAACCCGGAGCUUGCGUUUGAGGAGUUUGAGACGAGUAGGCUCGUUCGGACCGAGCUGGAUCGUUUGGAUAUUCGGUACAAAUAUCCGUUAGCUAAAACGGGUAUUCGAGCUUGGAUCGGAUCCGGUGGCGCCCCUUUUGUUGCUGUUCGGGCUGAUAUGGAUGCCCUUCCUAUUCAGGAAGCAGUGGAAUGGAAACACAAAAGCAAAGUUGCAGGCAAAAUGCACGCUUGCGGUCAUGAUGCACAUGUCACUAUGCUUCUUGGUGCUGCUCAGAUUCUGAAGUCUCGUGAACAUCUUCUCAAGGGAACAGUGAUUCUACUAUUCCAACCAGCAGAAGAAGCUGGAAACGGUGCCAAGAAGAUGAUUGAAGACGGAGCCUUGGAUGACGUGGAGGCUAUCUUUGCAGUCCAUGUUUCCCACGAGCAUCCAACGGGCGUCAUUGGAUCUAGGAGUGGUCCUCUGCUCGCGGGAUGUGGAUUUUUCCGGGCAAUCAUUACUUCGGAAAAGUCCGGAAGCUCUGCUGAUCUUAUUAUUGCAGCUUCUUCCGCCGUCAUAAGCCUUCAAGGCAUUGUAUCACGUGAAGCUAGUCCUCUUGAUGCUCAGGUUGUGUCGGUGACUUCGUUUGAUGGCGGUCACAGUCUCGAUGCAGUGCCGGAUACGGUGGUUCUUGGGGGCACUUUCAGAGCUUUUUCCAACUCAAGCUUCUACUACCUUAUGAAGCGUAUUCGAGAGGUACUAAUGGAACAGGUAGGGGUUUUCGGUUGCAAAGCGACACUGAAUUUCUUUGAGGAGCAGAACGCAAUUUACCCGCCAACCACAAACGACGACGGAAUGUACACACACUUGAAAAAAGUCACCGUUGAUUUGUUGGGAGACAACAACUUCGCGGUGGCUCCACAAGUUAUGGGAGCUGAAGAUUUUGCAUUCUACUCAGAGGUCAUCCCGGCCGCAUUCUACUUCAUUGGCAUAAGAAAUGAGGAACUUGGAUCAGUCCACAUUGGUCAUUCACCGCAUUUUAUGAUCGAUGAAGAUAGUUUACCGGUUGGAGCCGCUGUUCACGCCGCCGUGGCUGAGAGAUACUUAAAUGAUAAACGUUCAUAAGAAUAAAGACAACCUUCCCACUUUUUUGGGUGAUUUUGUUUUAGGUGUUGCAUAAAAUUAUUAUCCAUCAUUGCGUCGACAGUGUUUAUGAACUUUUUUUCUUUUUUAUUUUAAACGUAUAGACCGCAUAUAUUGCAUAAGAAGACUCGUCCAAAAUGUAGUGUAUAUUGCAUAAGAAGACUCGUCCAAAAUGUAGUAAAUUUUAUAUUUUUUUUUU